CGGGAUAUCCCGGGAGUUGCGGGGAAGGGGCUUGGAGGAGGGGGGCAGAGCGUGUGUGUCCCGUCCCCCGGUUCCUCCGCCCCCGCUCCUGACCCUCUUCUCUCCCCUCUGCUUCCAGCUCCCCCCCCCACCUUGGGCAGGAUGCGCGGGGGCUGCGCGGUGGCCCUGGUGGCCGUGCCCUGGCUGGCCCUGCUGGCCCUGGCCCGGCAGCCCCCCGAGAAGCCGUCGGCCCCCCCUUUGCUCACCCGCCGGCCUUUCUUGGUGGCCUGGAACGUGCCCACCCAGGACUGCAAGCCCCGCUUCCAGGUAUCCCUGGAUUUCAGCCUCUUCGACCUGCACGCCUCCCCCAACGAGGGCUUCGUGGGGCAGAACCUCACCAUCUUCUACAAGGAGCGCCUGGGGCUCUACCCCUACUACACCAGCCAGCGCGUCCCCGUCAACGGCGGCGUCCCCCAAAACAGCAGCCUGUCCGAGCACCUCGCCCGCCUCCACGAUGGCAUCGGCAAGUACAUCCGCUCGCCCGCCAAGGAGGGGCUGGCCGUCAUCGACUGGGAGGAGUGGCGGCCCAUCUGGGCUCGCAACUGGAAGCCCAAGGACAUCUACCGGGACGUGUCCCAGCAGCUGGUGGCCCAGCGGGUGGAGGCCCAGCGGCAGCACAACUGGUCCCGCGAGGAGGUGAACAAGCAGGCAGUGUUCGAGUUCGAGUCGGCCGCCCGAGAGUUCAUGGUGAGGACCCUGCGCGUGGCCAAGAGCUUCCGCCCCAAGCAGGUCUGGGGGUUCUACCUCUUCCCUGACUGCUACAACCACGACUACAGCAAGAACAAGGAGAGCUACACCGGGCAGUGCCCGGACGUGGAGAAGACACGCAACGACCAGCUGGCGUGGCUCUGGAGGGAGAGCACAGCCCUCUACCCCUCCAUCUACCUCGAUACGCUCCUAGCAUCCACUCCCAACAGCCGCAAGUUCGUGCGGGCACGGGUUAUGGAGGCCAUGCGCAUCUCGCAGCAGCACCAUGAUGGCUACUCCCUGCCCGUCUUCGUCUACACCAGGCCCACCUACAUCCGCAAGCUGGACGUCCUCAGCCAGGCGGACCUGAUCUCCACCAUCGGAGAGAGUGCAGCGCUGGGUGCAGCCGGGGCCAUUUUCUGGGGCGACGCAGACUUCACCAAAAACCGGGACUCAUGCCAGAUCCUCAAGGACUACCUGGAGGAGGACCUGGGCCGCUACAUCGCGAAUGUCACGACAGCGGCGCAGCUCUGCAGCACGGCGCUGUGCCAGGGCCGGGGCCGCUGCCUGCGCCAGGACAGCACCGCCGACGUCUUCCUCCACCUCAACUCCACCAGCUUCCAGCUGCGGCGCCGGGAGCACCCCCAGCAGCCCCUCUUCUGGGCCGAGGGCCAGCUGUCCUCUGCUGACACCCUCUUCCUACGGACCCAUUUCCGCUGCCACUGCUACCAGGGCUGGCAGGGAGGCAGCUGCCAGGUGCCCGCUGGCCCCCGCAGUCGUGCCCCUGCCCCCCUGGCACCGCUGGGACUUGGGGUGCUGUUGCUGCUUGCGAGCUGGCACUAUAUCCCCCUGGACUGAGCUGCACACCCACCCCCCCCCCCACCCCAGCACCCCCUUUCUGUGGCGGUGUAGGGGACCUAUUUAAGAUGUCCCUACCCUGCCUCUGAGGCAGCUCGUUAUGGGGGGGCUGCCCCAUGUUCAGGGGGGUGGUGGUGGGGAG